UCACUCAUUCGUGAUUCGAUUUCUCCCCUACUCUAAGCAACAACAAUAACACAAAAAAAUUCUAAGCAUUUCCUUCUUCCUUCCUUUCCAUAACUGAAACGUGUUUUUUUUUUCUUUUUCUUUUCAUGUGUUUUUUUUUUAUUCGUGAGCCGGCACAGUCCGUCGUGGUGGUGGAAAAGUUUUGACGUCACGCAGACUGCUGUUGACAUUGGUGUUGAACAGUUGUGUUUUGUCGACGUUCGUGCGUGAGUGUGUAUGUCCUUUUGUGCUGGGAGUUCUAAGUUGCCGAAAGAAUAAUAAAAAAAAAACAUUCUUCAAACAUUUUUGCUGGAUAAUCGUUGCCGGUCACGUCAUCACGUUCCCUUUCUUUCUUUUUUUUUUUUUUGUUAGUCUAUUUGUCCAGGUUUCAGUCACAGCCAGCAAAUGGGCAAUUGUGUUUCUUCACAGAGCCAGCAGGCAGCGUUGGAGAAACAGGCAGCAAGUGGCAGAGGCAGGAGCAUUGUUUCUCUUCGCAAGGCUGCAAUGGAGAAGUAUCCGGUUCCCACAAAAAACCGCUUGGCCCUGGCCAACGAAGGGACUGCUUCCAGCAACAAUAGCAACAACGCCCCAGCUACACAGCAAAACAACGUAGGCAACGAUAUGGCGCAAUUACGUUCGAAAUUACGGCCACCCUCGGUCAUCAUCGCCCGGCCUGUCAGCAUCCAGCUGACGAAAAGUGGAAUUGACACGAAUGGCAACAUACCUCGACCUUCUAGUCUACCUCGCCUACUGAAAACGUCCGACAACAACACGACGGCCAAGGCAGAAUCAUUGCAACAAGCGAAACCGGCGAAUUUGACGAAUAAUUUCCGCACAGUCAGUUUGGAUUCGAAAAACCGGACGAUUCUCAAUCCACCGCCACCCGUGUCGUCUUUAUCGAACAAGACAUCGACGGCCUCCAAGGAUUCAGGGUCCGUUUCACCUUCACCGUCGAGCAUGUCCAUUGCAUCGAGUUUCGGAUCGAAUAAAAGUCAUUCUAUGGCUGAUUCCGGAUUCGCCACUUGCUCCAGCAGCCGGUCGCAGUCUACGAUUUCCGACAGAAAGUCGGCGUUAUCUCUGAAAUUCGGUUUCUUCAACAAGAAACCGGCCAGCGCUACGGAAACGAAGAAAAUCAAUAUCGAUAGAAUUAACUCUGCUAAUUGCGUUCAAACUGCGAUUCCGGCUGUGGGCAAACUUCGCGGCCCGUGCGAAUUGCCUCGUCAAACAAAAUCACCGCGUCCCACUUCGCUUCGGCUGACGUCAUCAGUUACCGUUGGAGCAGCUGCGGUUCAGCGAUUGCCCACCAAAAUACAACAGCCGCCGCAUAAAAGUCCAGCUAGGCUGCCAACUCCUCAAUUGACGUCGAUUAAGAAUCGAGCGGCGCAAGUACUCGGUCGUAGCAAAAGCAACGAUUAUAAAUCGGUGGAACUGAGGCCGCGUCUCAGCGUCGAGGCUAUUGUAGCGUCGCUGGAACAAGAAAUUCGCCAACAGUUGGGGCCGGAACCGCCUCCGUUGGUCUGCAGUCCGAAGAAAGAGACAAAGGAGUCGAGGCCAACUGUGAAAGUCGAUGUGGAACGAUUCGGCAUUGAGUCUGCGUGCGAAGCAGAAAUCACGUUUGUCGAUGAAGAUGAAGAUUUUAUUGAAGACAUUGAACUUCAACUGCAAACGCCUUCCAGCGCCGCCGAGUGUCAGCCAUCUCCGGAGGGAGACGAUCAAAGUCGAGACGAAGGCCAUCAUGGCGACGAAGAAGAUUCUAAUGCUACAUCCAUUUCAGACGCCAUGAUUGACGAUGAAAUUGCCGACCAACCCGGUCUUGUCAUGCUCGGACAGUCGUAUUCUGUUCCGGCGUCGCCGAUGCAUUCGUGGAGAUCGGAGUUGUUUCAUUACAACUUACCGCCCAUGUCCAUGAUCAAUUAUCCGCCGUCGGAAGACGACCAAUCGGACGUAUCAUCCUACCAUCACAGACUAGUGCGACGACGCGUGGCCAGUGUCAGCGAUAUCGACGACGGUCUGAAGGAGACGGCAGUGGCAACGGCCAGCAGCAGUCCUGUUGCUUCUGCCGAUGUUGUCAGGUCGGCGACGAUGCGAGCUGAACUGUUUACGUCUCCGUCUUCGUCGUCAAAACAUCGCGAGAGCAGCAGCACUUACUGGCCGCCUCCGGAGGCGACCAUCGUCAUCGAAUUGGAAGAGUACACGACGAUGGCGAACGAAUUAGCCGAUAUCAAAUCGCAGCUGGUCACGUUACAAAAUCUUUUGGUGGAAACUGUAACAGAUGGUAAUUGCGGUGGUAUAGAUCAAGUCGGAUCUCAUACAGCGCCUCUAUGGGACUUGAAGCGUGAUCUUGUUCUCUUACGGGAGGAGCUGCAAGAGAAGAACACGACAAUCAAAACGUUAAAGAAUCAAUUACGCGCUGUUAAUGGACGGACAUCUGUAAACAAGAAUAAAGACUCGACGGCAACUACUAAAGUAGCUCCUUCGUGCAAUGUUGCCACACAAACCGACAGGGCACGAAGUGGGGCCGUCACUAACGGUACAUCACCGUCGGAUAAUGACGAAGUUCAAUUAGUCAGUACUAAAAUGAAGCUACCCAUGGCUUCGGGAUUGCCAGUCCGGUCUCGUCCGAUUAGAUUGACGACAAAGUGAUGACGCGAAUUCAAUCACCAGCUUUAAUCAAUUGUAAUACUUUAGUCUUAUAAUUCUGAUUUAUUCCCAUUUGGUCCCCUAAAUUUCCAUUCUAAGAAAUCAUGAAUUCUUUAUCAUUAUUUGCCCACGUGCGUAACUAAAUUGUUUCUUCCGUUUUCUUGUCACGUGAUUGUCCCGUUGAAAGACAGGCUGAGGUAACGUAAAGCUUUAAAUAAGAAAGAAAUAAGAGCCAGAGAGCUUAUUGGGUUUCACACUCCAGAAGAUCUAAUUCGAUUGUUUAGAUAUGUAAUUCCCUAGUCAUUUUCUCGCCCCGAAAACACGUAUUUACAUCUCGAUUUUCUUCUUCGUCUCUUGUGAUGGAUUCAUUUUCUUUUCAUUCGGAGAUGGCAAUGUAAUUGAAGCACAAGUGUAUGCAACGCAUAUUGGAAUAAUUAGGGAAAGGGUUGCCGUCAUUCAUAUUCACAAUUCCAGUGUAAUAGUUCACUCCGUAUACUAACUAGCCGAAUAACAAAAAAAGAACGUAAACUUUAAUGCCAUUCACGUUGUUAUUAUACCAUCCACAUCCUGCUGAAGUCCAUUCAUUUUCUUCGCUGUUUUCUUAAAAGAAGCUUGUCAGUUUUUUUUUUCUUUUCCUGUUUAGUCACACAGCUCUCACCGUCUCUGUUUGUGCCCCUCCAAUUCAAGUAUUUGUUUAGAUUGCUGUUCACCAAACGUUGACUUAUGACAUAACUACUCAUUCACGUAACUUCUUGACCCUGAAUUAUUCUUACCGUCCGGUUUUUUUCUUUUCGUUUUGUUAUUGCCUUUUUUUUUUUUCCUUCCAUCACACACGGAAUACAUGUCUUGGUUAAUUCUGCCACAUUCCUCGGAUGGAAACGUAUUGAUUUUUCUGCUUCUUUAUUUGCCCUAUCACUUAAAUUAUUGAUCGAUUGAUUCUUUUAUUAUUCGUCUGGGUUACUGGCAGUUGGAUCGAAUCUGGAUUGAUUCAGAGUAUUCUUGUAAUACACGGAGUUGUACGUAA